GCAGGCGCUCGGACGGGAGCACACUUCGCAGAGACUUUUCCCCGACAAACUUCCAGAGUCUCUGGAGGACGGCCUGAAGGCCCCGGAGUGCGCCAGCGGCAUGUACAAAGACACGGUCUACUCCGCCUUCAAUCUGCUCAUGCACUACCCGCCCCCCGCGGGAGCCGGGCAGCACCCCCAGCCGCAGCCCCCGCUGCACAACAAGGCCAGUCAGCCAGCCCACAGCGUCCCACAACUCUCUCCUCUCUAUGAACAUUUCAGCAGCCCCCACCCUACACCUGCACCAGCCGACAUCAGCCAGAAACAAGGAGUUCACAGGCCUCUGCAGACCCCUGACCUCUCUGGCUUCUACUCUCUGACCUCAGGCAGCAUGGGACAACUCCCCCACACUGUGAGCUGGUUCACCCACCCGCCCCUGAUGCUAGGCUCUGGUGUGCCUGGUCACCCCGCGGCCAUCCCGCACCCGGCCAUCGUACCUCCCUCAGCGAAGCAGGAGCUGCAGCCGUAUGACCGCAGCCUGAAGACGCAGGCAGAAUCCAAGGUGGAGAAGGAGGCCAAGAAGCCAACCAUCAAGAAGCCCCUCAACGCCUUCAUGCUAUACAUGAAGGAGAUGAGAGCCAAGGUCAUCGCAGAGUGCACACUCAAGGAGAGCGCUGCCAUCAACCAGAUCCUAGGCCGAAGGUGGCACGCGCUGUCUCGGGAAGAGCAAGCCAAGUAUUAUGAGCUGGCCCGAAAGGAGAGGCAGCUGCACAUGCAGCUCUAUCCAGGCUGGUCAGCGCGGGACAAUUAUGGGAAGAAGAAAAGGCGGUCACGGGAAAAGCACCAGGAAUCCAACACAGACCCUGGCUCGCCUAAGAAAUGCCGUGCUCGCUUUGGCCUCAACCAGCAGACGGAUUGGUGUGGUCCGUGCAGGAGGAAAAAGAAAUGCAUUCGGUACUUACCCGGAGAAGGCCGCUGCCCCAGCCCCGUUCCUUCCGAUGACAGUGCUCUAGGCUGCCCCGGGUCCCCAGCCCCCCAGGACUCGCCCUCAUACCUCCUGCUGCCCCACCUCCCCACAGAACUGCUUGCUAGUCCUGCGGAGCCGGCGCCUACAUCACCAGGGCUCUCAGCCGCUCUCAGCCUCCCAGCCCCCUGGACCCCCCCAGGCCCCCCCCGGCGCCCUGCAGAGUACACAGGUGCAACGACAGGAAUCUCAGAGACAGGCAGCCUAGCAUGCACAGGACACCUGGCCGCCUCCAGGGACCCAUCCUCUGAGAGGAAGCGACAGAGCCCCAAAUCACAUGGAAACUGGCCAGGGGCCCUGUUACCUCCCUCUCAGGGACCAGGCCCAGGAGACUUCCGAGGCUGCACAACUUCUGCCUGAACCUGGGGCCAUCAAUUCCAACUGCUCCAAGUGGUGGGAAUCAGAUUGGUGGUGUAUCGUCUGAUUAAGGGCAUCCCUUGUGCCUACAGCAGCCUGCAUCUAUUCUUUUUACCACCUGUCUUGCUGGCCAGAUGCCCCCUGCCUCCUCCUCUGCUUUUCUGCUAUAGGUCACAGAUGGGCGGGAUUGAGCCCAGCUACUUUCCGAACCCUACACCUCCCCAGUCCCACCACUGCCACACCCUCCCCAUACCAGACACUUCAUGGACCAAGAAUGAGCUGGUUUAUGAAACAACACCUCAGCAUGGUCACAACCACAUGCUCAAGAGGACAAUGCUUCUCUCAGAAAGGCCCGGAGAAGCCCUGUUGACAGAGAAGGAGUAAUUAUUCAUAAGCUGGACCAGAAGGAAGCCUCUUGCCAUGUUCUCAAGAGCUUGCAAGACGAGGAGGGGAUGGAACGGGUUAAAUCUAGGCCUAUCACCCUAGGCAACAGGAAUGACCAGACACUAUCUUAUCAGGCAAGUAUGGGCAGUGAGACGUACCUGGCUCUGGUUCAAAUUACUUGGAAAUGUUUCCAAGAGAAACUCAACCUCCCCAGAAGCUCUGAUGACCAAGGUCCCAAGCCUGUCUCUAAUGGCUGAACUCGACAGCCAAAAGAAAUUAUGGCCCCAAACCCGGUGUGCAUCCCUCCCUACCCCGAGAGCCUCUGUCACAGCUCCAUUUUCUGCUUACCCGGGUCAGUCUAGGUGGCUCGUGAGCAGUUGAGGGCAAACCUCAUGACAUCCAGUGCCUACCUUUCAGCACGAAACAGGCCAGCUUCAGUUUCCCGAUGGGGCUGCAGGAAGGACCAUCACCAUCAAAGCAAGGAGCCCAGAGAACCUCUAGUGGUAGUCAGUGGGUUUUCACCACAGCCUACUUUAACCCAUUUCUGAGCCAAGCUUCAACCCUGAGCCUUAAAAAAAAAAACUUUUAAUUUAAUUUUUUUUUUUGCCCUCUUCCUCACUGUACAUAGCCUGAAUCCAAAGAAAAAGGGCUGUUCCUAUACCCGUACAUCCCUCAACAAAAGCCUUUAGUUCCGACUUUAGCCACUGGCUUCUCAGAAUCCAAAGAACAUAUAUUCUAGUGUAGUGUUGCAAGAAGUCUUGAAAGAAAAGGACUAUUGUAGUGUUCAAAAUAUUUUUGUAUUGUUAAUGCAUCAUCAAACAAAAACUUUUUUAACGUGAGAAUAAAGAUUCUUUUUACUGGG